AUUCAAAUGAAGGAGGUUAUCCUUGAGGAUACUGAUAUCUGUAAAGCACUUUUGGACUAUGUCAGCAAAAACUUGAUUAACAGUCUAGUCCUUGGUGCAGCAACGAGGAAUGGUUUUUCAAGGAAAUCCAAAAAUGACAUUCCGACCAGCUUGAUCAAAACUGCACCAGAGUUUUGUUCGGUAUAUGUAAUUUGCAAAGGUAAGAUAUUGACAAUGCGAAAAGCACAGAGAACAGUAUCUAAUACUGCUACCCCGCCAAAAGCACCAUCAGGAAUACCGCCUCCGAUCCCGCUGGAUCAAAUUGAAGACGAUGGAAACAGAGGGCAAUAUGCAAGGGGAGCAUUGAGAAAUGCAGGAUCAGAGAGAUUGUCCUUGGAUAAUCCCCCAAAAGUACCUAUACGUGACCGCGACAGAUAUAGAAGCUUUCCAGAAAAUCUGUCAUUGGACACCAUUGAUUUAGCUAUCCAAGGACGGCCCUCAACUAGCAAUGAUUCCUUAGCUAUUGACUCAGACUUUCCAACAAAACUUGGCCUUGGAUCUAUGGAUAUUUCUGGCCAAAAUUUAGAUUUCUCUGUGGUUUCAAGUAUCCCUUCAGAGCCACUUACACAAAAUUCGCGAGACAUACAAGCUGAAAUGAGAAGGUUGAAGCUUGAACUUAAGCAGACCAUGGAUAUGUACAGCACAGCUUGCAAAGAAGCUCUUACAGCCAAAAGAAAGGCUAAUGAGCUUCAUCAAUGGAAGAUGGAGGAGGCUAGCAAGUUUGAGGAAGCCAGGUUAGCUGGAGAGGCAGCUCUUGCCAUUGCAGAAAUGGAGAAGGCUAAGUGCAAAGCUGCCAUUGAAGCAGCUGAGGCAGCACAAAGGCUAGCAGAGAUGGAAGCACAUAGAAGAAGACAAGCAGAGUUUAAAGCCAAGAAGGAGGCAGACGAGAAGAAUCGGGCUUUGAAUGCUUUGGCAAAAAAUGAUGUCCGGUACAGAAAAUAUACCAUAGAAGAAAUUGAAGAAGCUACUGAAAUGUUCUCAGAAUCAAAUAAGAUUGGAGAAGGAGGUUAUGGACCUGUUUAUAAAGGCAAACUUGAUCACACUCCUGUUGCCAUCAAAGUUUUACGACCUGAUGCUGCUCAAGGAAAGAAGCAAUUCCAGCAAGAGGUUGAGGUUCUUUGCAGCAUUAGACACCCAAACAUGGUCCUUCUCCUUGGCGCCUGCCCUGAGUAUGGAUGCCUGGUAUAUGAAUACAUGUUCAAUGGCAGCUUAGAGGAUAGGCUAUUUCGAAGGGGCAAUACUCGUCCACUUUCCUGGAGGAAACGAUUUAAAAUAGCUGCAGAAAUUGCAACUGCCCUUCUAUUUCUUCACCAAGCAAAGCCAGAACCACUAGUGCAUCGGGACCUUAAGCCAGCUAACAUUCUUAUAGACCGUAAUUAUGUGAGCAAAAUUAGUGAUGUUGGCCUAGCACGGCUAGUUCCACCUUCUGUAGCUGACAGUGUAACACAAUAUCACCUGACUUCAGCAGCAGGGACAUUCUGUUACAUAGAUCCUGAAUAUCAACAAACAGGCAUGCUAACAACUAAAUCAGACAUAUAUUCCCUCGGAAUAAUGCUUCUCCAGAUAAUUACAGCCAAGCCUCCAAUGGGUAUUGCUCAUCAUGUUGGAAAGGCCAUUGAAAAAGGAACUUUUGCCGAUAUGCUUGAUCCAACUGUGCCAGAUUGGCCAGUUGAAGAGGCUUUAUCAUUUGCUCAAUUGGCACUGAAGUGUGUAGAGCUGAGGAAGAGGGAUAGACCAGAUCUUGGCACUGUUAUAGUGCCAGAACUUAACUGGUUAAGAGACCUUGGAAUGAGCUCUGACUCACGUAGCCUUGGAUACAGCAGUGAUGGUUAUACCGGACAUAGCAGUGGUGGUUAUAGCCAAGGAUACAGCGGUGGGGGUCAUAGCCAAGGACACAACUAUAGUGGUCAUAGUGGCAGCCAUGCACGUUCUUCAGUAAGUCCACUUUCAAGGUCGAGGACAUCAUCAGCAAGUCAGGAAUCAAUGAGUAAGACUGAAAAUUCAGAAACUGAACAAAUACCAAACUCUAAAGAAGAUGAAGUUGAAUGAAGCUCCAG